GUUUCUAUAGAGUCACAUUCUAACACGAGAGAGAGAAAGAGAGAGACAGAACCCCGUAGAUUCUCUGAAGCUCCUCUUCUUGUUUACGAGUUAGUGAGGAACACGAAAAAGAUUGUCGUGGUACAUACACUUCUCUUAAAAACUCUCUGUUUCGAUCAGAUUUGAUGGUGGAUUCUCUGUUUCCGAGCAUCAUUGAACCCACAGGUGAUGACAACACGUCUCCGGAGUCGAGACGUAAGCGGCGGAGGAUAUCAGAGACGGCGAAGGAGGCGGAGUCGUCGUCAUCAAAGGCCCAGCGGAUCAGCGAAGAGAGCUCCAAGAGAUGGAGAACCAGCCGCGUCCAGCAGAUCUACGCCUCCAAGCUCGUCGAGGCUCUCCGCCGAGCUCGCCAGAGAUCAACCGACGCCGGCAAAAUCACCACCACCUCCGCCGCGGCGCGGGAGAUACGCGACACGGCGGACCGAGUUCUCGCCGCGUCGGCUCGCGGCGCGAGCAGAUGGAGCAGGUCGAUCCUAGCGAGGAGGAGUCGCGUCCCAGCGAUGAGCAUGAAGAAACAUAGGAAGGCGAAGUCAGCCGGAGGUCGCAAACCGAGGAAAGACGCGGCGGCGGCGGCGGAGAGGAAGCGGAAUAAACUUCCGGCGGUUGAGAGAAAGCUGAAGAUUCUCGGGAGUUUGGUUCCCGGUUGCCGUAAAGUUACCGUGCCGAAUCUUUUAGACGAAGUGACCGAUUACAUCUCGGCUCUAGAGAUGCAGGUCAGAGCCAUGGAGUCUCUCGCGGAACUCUUAGCAGCCGCCGCGCCGCGGAUGGCGUUGACCCGACCGUAACGGCGGCAGUUAGUUUGUCAGUUGUUUAAACUAGUUUUUUUUACCUUUUUACCCUUUUGUUUGGCUCAAGUUUUUUUUUAUUUGUUCAUCUACGCGAUUUUCUGUUUUUAUAAUUUCUAUGUAUUUUUAUUUCUGUACAUUGUACAUUACUUUGUUUAGUUGUCUGAAUCCAUUUUGAUCUUCUUAA